GGGUGUGUGCUGCACAUGUCACAUCUUGCAAUUUCAAGGAGGGAUCAGUUGGUUGUCACCGUGCACAGGAUGGCAGCGAGGGAAGCCCCUCCAACCCUGCCAAGUUCAAAAAUCAGGACUUCGCUCAGAUAAAAGCUGACUGCCUCCACAAAGGAGAACUGUUUGUGGACAAUGAGUUCCCACCAAACGGUCUUUCUUUGGGUGACCUGCCUGAUAUGAGUUCCUCACAGGAGAGUGAAGUGAAAUGGCUUCGACCAGCAAAUUUAUUGAGAAAACAAGGAAAGAAGGAUCAGCCUGCUUUCAGUAAAGAUGGUAUGUCACGAUUUGACUUUGGACAAGGCGACGUGGGUAACUGCUGGUUUUUGUCUGCAAUAUCUGCGCUGACCUUCCAAGAAAAUCUGAUGGCACAAGUUGUGCCAAUGGACCAGUCCUUUGAGAACUAUGCAGGAAUAUUUCACUUCAGGUUCUGGAGGUUUGGAAAGUGGGUAGAUGUUGUCAUUGAUGACAAUCUGCCAACGAUCAAAAAGCGGUUACUGUUUGUGUCCUCGAAAUGUGGAAAUGAGUUCUGGGCUCCUCUGCUGGAGAAGGCAUAUGCCAAACUUUGUGGCUCGUAUGCAGACAUGCAUGCUGGGUUUCCAUCAGAGGCCUGCAAAGAUUUCACUGGAGGUGUAAACCAGACUUACAAACUGAAGGAGAUGAACUCAGCUGGCCAUGGUGAUCUUUGGCUCACAUUAAACAGAGCAACUAGGUGCCAAUCACUGAUUUGUUGUUGGACUUCCUACGAAGAGGGUCCUUCGGCUGACACUGGAUUGGUGAAUGGCCAUGCCUAUUCCAUCACAGGUGUCACUGAGGUGGAAUUAAACGGCUCCAAAGUACGACUGGUGCGAGUCAUGAACCCAUGGGGCCAACAGGAGUGGAACGGAAAAUGGAGCGACAAGUCAGAUUUGUGGGACAAAGUAAGUCCAGAAGUUAAAAAAAAGUGUUUCAACCAUGACGACGGAGAGUUCUGGAUGCAAAUGGAGGACUUCUGUUCCUAUUUUGCUUACGUAUCCAUCUGCUGUGAGACCCCUAACUUUCUUGAUGGAGACUUAAAAUGUCAGUGGAAUUGCAUGAUUUACGAUGGGAGCUGGGUAGCAGGGACAUCUGCAGGUGGCAAUGUGAAACACUCCACCUUUGCAACAAACCCUCAGUAUCGCAUUCAAGUGACUGUUAUAGACAAGAAGGAGCCGGGAGACAAAAACAUCGUGCUCUCCCUGAUGCAGAAACCUCAGCAGGGAAAUCGCAAUGAGAUACGCCUCCACCGAACUAGACUUACCAUCUAUAAGAUUCCAUCAGGGACUCCAAAACGACGCCUGCAACAGGAUUUCUUUCAGAGGAACAGGCCUGUGAAGGCAGAAAAGACUUACAGGUCUGAGCGAGAUCACAUUGAACUCCACAGUCUGGAACCUGGAGAGUAUGUGAUCAUCCCAUCCACCAAAGAACCCAACAUCACUGCAGAUUUCGCUCUCGCUGUCUACACCAAGACUGAUGAAUAAUAUCAUGUAAAGAAUCCUUCACAUAAUGAAGGAUUAAUAUGAUUAACUCAGGAUAAUAAAAUACAUGAAUUAUUUAUUUAACAAA